AUGGACUUCUCCGUUUUGCCAAACAACAACCAUCCUUAUAAAUUUCUACAAUUGGAGGUGAAGUCUUUAGUGAAAAAUUCUGCCUAUCUCCAAGCCAACCUGGCAAAAUUCCCAGAAGCAGCUUUACCUGGAGUGCAGCAGUGGCACAACAGGGUUUAUUUACAGAGAGAAAAGAAAAACAUCACUGAGCUGCCUGGCUUGGAACUGAAUGGCAUCAGCCAAGAAAUGAUAGACAAAGCCCUUGGGAAACACAUUACACCCAUCACCCUGAAAUCCACAAUCAAGAGCAAUCCCCUGUAUAGCGAUAUCCAGGUGGAUGACAACCAGGAGGAGAAGAAAAGGACACCUUCCUGGACGGUGCAGGACUAUGACAGACAUUCACUGCAUUCUAACUUGGCCAGCCACAUAAAGGAAAAUCCUAAUGAUCUACAGUUCUGGAUGGGGGAUAUAUAUACUCCUGGGUACGAUACCCUGUUAAAAAAGAAAGAGAGAGAAAAAAAGCAUUCCAAAUGUUGCCGAAUCAUCCUGCUCAUGAUACUAGCUGUUUGCAUCCUGAUUACCAUAGUCACGCUCAGCGUUUUACUUAGUUAG